AUGGCUUUUGCCAGCUACGCUCCAGGGCUCAGAUCACUUCUUUUGGUGCUGGUUCUGGCUCUGACGGUGAGGAGCUCACCCCGUGGGAGGGUAGCCCAGCCUCGACGCAGCAAGGAUGGUGGCUCUGUGAGGGUCAGUGAAGACUGCCUGAAUGAAAAGGAUCUCCAGUUCCCUACAACGGUGAAAGUUGAUGUGCGUAUCAGCAAUCCAGAUCAUACCUUUAGGAUGGUCCAUGAUGUCAGGAACCGGUCUCUUGCUCCUUGGGAUUACAGGCUCGACGAGGACCCCAACCGCUUCCCCCAAGUGAUUGCUGAUGCUGAGUGCCGCCUUUCCGGCUGUGUGAACCCCCUGGGUCAGCAAGACCGCAGCCUCAGCUCUGUCCCCAUCCAGCAGGAGAUCCUUGUCCUCCGGCGGGAGCAGCAGGGCUGCCUGCCCACCUUUCGCCUGGAGAAGAAGCUCAUCACUGUGGGCUGCACGUGUGCCAUGCCAAUCAUCCACCACCAGUCCUAGGAGGAAUUAGCAGAGGAGGCAACUUUGGGAAGAAGAAAUGCCUCCUGCAAACAUCUUCCUGGAGAAACCCUACAGUGACCCACCCUGUGCCCCAGGAGUUUAGUAUGACCUUGACUUUCCAAAUCUCAGCAAGUUACCACC